CUUUCGAACAUUUUUGGAUAAUCUUCACCUUUCACUUUCGUUGUAUUAAAAAUUAAUCUAUGUAUUUUGUUUGUUGACGUCUAUGUCUUAUUUGAUAAGGUUACCACUAGAACGUUCUCCAUUAUAUUUCAGAAGAUUUCCUUCAAGUUGCUCUAGAUUACAUACAGUCAUGUCUGCAUCUGAAUUCUACAAUUUGAAAGCUGAGAAACCAAAUGGACAGGAGUACAGCUUUGAUACUCUCAAGGACAAAGUCGUAUUAGUCGUAAACACUGCUAGCAAGUGUGGCUUCACACCACAAUACACUGGUUUAGAAGAGCUCCACCAGAAGUACAAAGACAGGGGCUUGGUUGUCUUGGGAUUCCCGUGCAACCAAUUUGGUGGCCAGGAGCCUGGUACAGACGAUGACAUUGACAACUUCUGUAAAAUUAACCACGGCGUUAGCUUCCAAUUAUUCAAGAAGUCUGAUGUAAACGGUGAUAAGACAAAUGAAGUUUUCAAGUACCUCAAAGAUAAGAAAUCUCAAUUGGGAUUGACCAGGAUAAAGUGGAACUUCGAGAAAUUUUUGGUUGACAAGCAAGGAAACGUCGUGAACAGAUACUCAUCAAUGGCUAAGCCAUCAGACAUUGGUAACGAUGUUGAGAAGCUCCUUUAAAGUUUGUUUUAAAAAUAAAUUUUUCGUAAAACUACAUUAAUAUAAUUACGUCAUUAUCUCUAAAAACACAUCGAUCAAGAUGGUCAAAGUAUUAGUUACAGGUGCAUCAGGCUUGCUCGGUAGAGCAAUUUUAGAUAACUUUUCAAACGAUGGUUCCAUUCAAGUUACCGGUUUGGCUUACUCUAGAUCAAGCGAUAAACUCAUCAAGUGUGAUUUGAACGACGAGAAAGCGAUUGAGGGCGUCAUCAGAGAGCAGCAACCGGAUGUAUUAAUCCAUUGUGCAGCUGAACGUAGACCAGAUGUCGCACAGAAUGAUCCUGCAGCUACAGAGAAGCUCAACGUUGAUGUCUCUGGUAAUUUAUCAAGAUUGAUGAAGAAUAUCGGCGGUAGUAUCAUUUACAUCUCAACCGAUUACGUAUUCGACGGUACAAAACCACCAUACACUACCACCGACACACCAAAUCCACUCAAUCUCUAUGGUAAGACAAAGUUAGCGGGUGAGAAGGCAGUCACACAAAAUAACGACAAGAGUGUUAUACUCAGAGUACCAGUUUUAUAUGGAAGAGUUGAAAAUACUAAAGAAAGCGCCGUAACUAUCCUCAUAGAUGCUGUAAAGGAAGGCAAAGCUAAAAAGAUGGAACACUAUGCUAAUAGAUUCCCUACUAAUGUUGAUAAUGUCGCGAUCGCGCUCAAUGCUUUAACAAAGAAUAUCCAAAAAGUUCCACAAAUUGUUCAUUAUAGCUCAAGAGAAGCGUACACAAAGUAUGAAAUGGCAUGUACAUUUGCAGAAAUACUCGGAUUACCAUCAGACCAUCUUAUCGCUGAUACAGAAGAACCAACUGGGGAUGCAGCAGUUUCAAGACCAAAAGAUUGUCAACUUUCGAGAGACAGUUUCGAUAAAUUAAAUUUAAACGUCGAUGAUAACCUUUCAUUUAAAGAAUUUUUUAUUAAAUUCCUUAAUUAGUAAAUAAAUUGAUUUUUUAUUUUCAUUCUAGUCAACCGGAUUGAGCAUCCUCCUAAUUGAACAGAUUAGAACGUGAAAUAUGCUUAUUUUAUUGGCGCUUUUAAGUGUAAUUUCCGUCGUAUUAUCGGAUAGACCAUACAGCGAUGACCUCGUCGGUACUUGGUCCUCUGGUUCUGGUGGUGUUCAGACUGGUACAGGUUUCUGUACACCAUCAGAGUACAGCUUUAACGUACCAGAUACAACUGGCAUUUCUUAUUCGUUCACUAAGGAUGGUUUCUACGAGGAGUCCACUUAUAAAUUCAACAGCAACGCGUCCGCACCACAAUGUAUACAAGCAGUAUUGAUUUGGCAACACGGUACAUACGUUAUCAAUGACGAUAAUGGUAUUGAUACCACACCUAUUGCUGAAGAUGGUAGAAUACAAGUUGAGGACCCAUGUGCUGCAUCGUCAAACGUCUUAACAACAGCAAACAUAACGAGAAAUUUCCAAUCUUUCUUGCCAUUUGAUGAUCCAGUAAAGGAUAAGAAAGCUUUACAACUCUACGAUUUCGAUGGUAGUUUAUUAGCGCCAAUGUAUUUGAUAUCAAAAUCACCAAAUAUGUUACCAACAGGUUCAAUAACUAACGGAAAUAGGAAGAGAGAUGUCAAUAGUGAUAUGGAAGAAAUCUUGGAAGAAAGAUUCCUUGAGAAGAGAGCAGGUGGUGGAGGUAGAGCAAGUGGUGGUAAAUCCACACAUUCACUAUUCGCUGUAUUAUUAUUAUCAGCAGCUAUAUUAGUUAUUAUAU